GGGUGUGUCAGUGGGACUAGAGCGGCUGACAGGCGGCCCGCGCAGCCACUGGUGAGUUGACUACUUUGGGAAUGGAAGAAAAUGUAUCCCAUAUCUGUUUUUCCUGUUCGCGCGGUAGAUGUUGACGUGGCGCGAGCUGGGCGAAGAGGAAACGUAGUGUUUAACUGCUGCGUGGCCAGCCAAGGCUCAGCAAGGAGAGAUGCGUUUUUAUUUUUCGUGGAGACAGAGACAAUUGUGCCUCAGCCUAUUGCUAUCCUUUAUGGUGGUGUUGAUGGUGACGCGCAGAGAAUGGCAGCAAAAACGUGUCACUCUCAGACCUCCUCUUGAUCCCUCCUUACAAUACGACAACUCCGCGCUUAUUCAGUCAGUGGCACAGAACUUCCUGCAUCCUCCAUCCAGCGAACCAUAUCACCUCAUGCAGAGUUUAGCUGAGACAGACCUCCAUGCAGCUAAAUAUAUAAAUUACAAAGCAGAAUUUGCAUACGCAUUUUGCCAGAGAGCCAUAAAGAAAAUUUUUGAUGGUGCUGGGCCUGGUUUCUUUGUGGAGGCCGGCGCUCUUGAUGGAGAGUUCCUGUCUAACACACUGCCUCUGGAAAAGGAGCGAGGGUGGACGGGUUUACUAGUAGAAGCAGACGGGGACAUGUUUGACGAACUGCUAAGUAAAAGGCGACGUGCUUGGGCCAGUCAUUCCUGCCUUGCCACACGUCCAAAUCCUCACUCAGAAAUCCUCAUCAAAUACAUCCGUCAGAACACUUUAAAAGAUGCAUUUUCCAACCACGCUGCUCGGGCCCACAACUCCCUGCUGGACCAGACUGCAGGUAACACACUCGAUGGCUCCAUGCCCGGACACCCCAUCUAUGAGUCGGUGCAGUGUAUCCCGCUGGCCACUCUACUGCUGGCAACCAACACCACUCACGUCGACCUUGUUUCUCUGGACGUAGAGGGAGCAGAGAUGGGCAUCCUUCGGAACUUCCCGUGGAGGCGAGUGACGGUUGACGUGUGGGUGGUGGAACAUGCCUUUCAGACCCUUCACAGCCAGCAGAGAGCCAUAAACGGCUCCGUAACAGCGGGUAACGACGAGGAGUUCAUCCGUUUAUUCACCUCACGGGGCUACGAGGUGUAUGAGAUAAGCAAAGACUUGGUCAUUCCUAAUUACGUAUUUGUCCUGCGUGGUUCGCCGCCCUACCACAGGCUCCGUGCCACAGGAAAACUAAGCCACACCAAAGGUUUUUAAGAUACAAUUUAUAAGAAUCACAUACAAAUAAACAUCUAUUGGAUUAGUCGUGUAAUCUCACUGUUAGCACAUGCUUAGGCUAUGUACCGCGUCCACACGUACACUACACACCCGCUAUAGCUAUCUGAAAUCAAAUCAUGCAUAUCUUACUUUUUUUAACAUCUUAUUAGUAAAUAGUGCUAGUAUUGAAUGUAACUUUUUCCUCUUUUGUUUGUCUUCCUUUGUUUUUCUAUUUGUUUAUCUUUCUUUGUCCUAAUAUCCUCUCUAACUAAUUCCUCUGUCGUCUGUCUAUACCGUGGUCAACUGGUCAUUGCGUUCCUGGUUGAGUUGGUGCGUUAGGUAUCUUUAAUAGUUCUUUUGGUGUCGUCUGUCAGUCAUCAGCCAAGUUGACAAUACUGCUGUCAUAAAUCUUGAGUGUUGAUGGUAGUUCUACACGCCAUAUGGGCACCUACGUGAUGCAACAUUACCCAACCAAAUAUGAAAUCUACAUCAUGAACAUCUCCCUGGAAGUCGUGGUUGGAGGCAUCACGUGUUUCUAGGUACGGGACCCUAUCUAGAUAAGAAAUUUGGGUGUGAAAUCCUCCGCAACCUUUAUGUCAAUUACCAAAAAACCUACAAAUCAUAAAAUCCAAACACCUGUUCAAAGUAGCUCUCAGGAAAUAUUUACAGGAUGAAGAAAGAGCUGCUGAAUCAAAUGACUAUGUUUAUUUUUAACCAUGACUGUCUUAGAAUGUAGAUUUAGGCUUUACUGUUAAUUUUAUGGAAGAGUAGGUAAAUAAGUCUUAGAUUUAGUAUUACUGUGUGCCAUUUCUAUAUGUAUAAUGACUCCUGUGCUGUCUGCCCCAUCUUGCUGGAUAGAAAAAGGGACCCUACUGGAAAUAAGUUGUUAAACUUUAGUUGGUCAUCCUGGAGGAAAUAUCUAUGUACAUUCAGUGGUUUUAUACUAUGCCUGUAAUGCACAUGAAGAAUCCAAAUAAACUUACU